CUCAUACCCGGUCGGAACAUCAUAGAUGUGGGACGCCGGCGAUGGAAAGAUGUCGGCAGCGUUGAUCCAGUUGUCAUGUUUGUACCGGGGCAUGUUAGCGGUCAGAGCCGCGGGCACCAGGACGCUGAUCCCCGGACUGGUCCGAGAGCAGUACCGGGCCUUCUCUGUACGGAAGGAACCGGAGCUGGAGGAGAAUCCGUUCUACAGCAAGUACCAAGAGAAGAUCAAGAAGCUGCGCAGUGCGAAACCACAGGAGUACAAGGAGCGACUGGAGAAGCGGCAUGAAACCAAGAAGGAUGUCCUCGGACACUCGAAGCAGGCGGAGUUUGUCCAUGUCAUGGAGCAGGAGUUUGAACAAAGAGAUAAGAUGGCUGCUGGGGAUGGAGCGUCUGGAGGUUUUACAAAGAACAAGACGUUGGGUUCCAUCCUCAAUCUGGAGAUGAUAAAGGACAAGACGGGCAAGGAGAUCGCACAGCUUUGGAUGCAGUAUUAUUCCACCAAAGACACGAUCAGCGCCGCCAUCCCGUCCCAGAUCUAUGAGGUGAUUUUAGGCAGAUCUAAGUCCUGCCCCAUGUUCCUUUUCGCUCUGCCUCAGAAGGAGGGAUACGAGUUCUUCGUGGGUCAGUGGUCCAGACACGAGCUGCACUUCUCCUCACUUAUAAACAUCCAGACGCACGGCGAGAACGCUCCGAGUCAGCUGGUCCUCUACCACUACCUGGACCUGAAGGAGGAGAAGGGCAUCGUUCUCAUGACAGCCGAGAUGGAUCCCAAGUUCAUUACUGUCCACCAGGCUCAGUGCUUGGCCAAUCAGGUGCAGCUGUUCUACGGCACGCAGAGGCAGGAGACGUAUCGAUUGGUGGAGACGUUCAACCACCACCCUGAAGACUUUAAACACAUGUCGGUGAUAGCAGAGCUGGAACAGAGCGGGCUUGGGUCUGCAGGCACCCCGGGAGGCUCCAGAUUAACUGGAGAUGGCCAGUGACUAAUUAUCUGACGCAGACUGAAGCUUUUUCUUUCCUUCAGCACUUUCCACGUGGAUCCAAAUUCACAAUCGGAGAGAAUUACCUAGAAGAAGCAGGAACUGUAUCUUAUGAAGCAACAUUUAAUGAGUUAGGAAAUAUUGUGGAGAAAUAAAUGGAAUCGCAUCUCCCUCUUUUCUGACUGGACCCAAGAAACGUUUUUAGCACCCAAGCUAAGCAUGAAAUCCUGCAUUUGAUAUUUAAUAAAAAAGCUCUUAACAGUGA